AUAUAUUUUUUGAUUCCCCUAUCUUGUUGUUGUGAUUUUUUAUUUGUUGCAUUUGGCAAUGGGUACGGAAGAGGGGAUUGUUCAAAUUUCUGUGGCAUCAGUGGUGGAGGAAGUUCUUCAACAAGGAAAGGGACUGAGCGACAUUGAUUUGGCUUCUAGGAAAGCUGAGGAAGCUUCAUUGAGAAGGUAUGUAGCAGCAGGGUGGCUCAGAAAGACAAUUGGAGUGGUUGCGGCUAAAGAUUUGCCAGCAGAGCCUUCAGAAGAGGAUUUCAGGCUUGGAUUGCGUAGUGGAAUCGUACUAUGCAAUGUUCUUAAUAAAGUUCAGCCUGGUGCUGUGCAAAAAGUAGUUGAAGCACCGCCUGAUUCUGUUAAUGUCCCUGAUGGGGCUGCUCUUUCUGCAUAUCAAUACUUUGAAAAUGUCCGUAACUUCCUUGUAGCAGUAGAAGAAAUGGGCAUUCCCUCUUUUGAAGCAUCUGAUUUGGAGAAAGGAGGGAAAUCUUCCAGAAUCAUCAAUUGUGUGCUAGCAUUGAAAUCUUACUCUGAGUGGAAACAUGGAGGUGGGAGUGGAUCAUGGAAAUACAGUGGGAACUCAAAACCGUCAUCUGCAGGAAAGCAAUUUGUCCGAAGAAAUUCCGAGCCAUUCAUGAAUUUAAUCUCAAGGACUUCAUCUAUCAUCAACAAGUCUCCUGAUAGCAGUGAUGUUGGGCAUGAAGCCCGUGAAAUGGUUAACCCAAGUUCCCUCCAAAUGCUUGUUCACGAUCUUCUCUCUGACAAGAAGCAAGAAGAUAUUCCAUUUAUUGUGGAGAAUAUGUUGAGCAAAGUCAUGGAAGAAUUUGAGCAUCGGCUUGCCAGCCAAAAUGAACAGUCAAAGACCUCCCACAAAGAGACAGUUGUUCCAACAACCGAUGAAUCUCCCCUGGAGCUUACAUGUGAGGAGACACAGGUCGCAAUCAUCGAGGAUGAAGAAAAAACACCCGAUGAGGGGACAUGCGGCAGGGUAGACAUAGAUGAUGAUGGUGCAUCAACAACACCGGUUGUAAGGCAGCUGAUGCUGGUUGAACACCAACAUAAAGAAGUACAGCAAUUGAAAUCUACUCUCCAUGAUGCUAAAGUAGACUUGCAGUCUCUUCAACUGAAAUAUCAAGAGGAAGUCAGCAAUCUGGGUAAACAUCUGCAUGGUUUGGCUCACGCUGCUUCAAGUUACCAAAAGGUUCUGGAGGAGAAUCGGAAGCUGUACAAUCAAGUGCAAGACCUUAAAGGGAACAUCAGAGUGUAUUGCCGGGUGCGACCUUUCUUGCCUGGCCAACCAAACAGUCUAAGCACUGUGGAUCACUUAGAUGACGGGAAUAUUACAAUAACUACUCCUUCAAAGUACGGAAAAGAGGGAAAGAAAUCAUUCACUUUUAACAAGGUCUUUGGUCCUUCUGGAACCCAAGAGGAAGUGUUUGCAGAUACACAACCUUUGAUCCGGUCUGUUCUUGAUGGCUACAAUGUUUGUAUCUUUGCUUACGGCCAAACGGGAUCAGGGAAAACACAUACGAUGACUGGCCCAUCAGAUCUCACGAAGGAGACCCUUGGUGUGAAUUACAGGGCAUUGAGUGAUCUAUUCAAUAUCUCUGAACAAAGAAAAGAUGUUAUUUCUUAUGAUAUUUCAGUUCAGAUGGUUGAAAUUUAUAAUGAGCAAGUCAGGGAUCUCCUUACCCCAGACGGAGUUAACAAAAAAGUAGAAAUUCGCAACAGUUCCCAGAAGGGUUUCAAUGUACCUGAUGCAAAUCUCGUUCCUGUAACAUCAACUUCUGAUGUGUUGAAUCUGAUGAACCUUGGGCACAAGAAUCGUGCAGUGAGUGCUACUGCCAUGAAUGACAGAAGUAGUCGCUCUCACAGUUGCCUUACAGUUCAUGUUCAAGGAAAAAACAUGACAUCUGGUACGAUUCUUCGUGGCUCAAUGCACCUCGUUGACCUGGCAGGAAGUGAAAGAGUGGACAAGUCAGAGGUGCUAGGUGAUAGGUUGAAGGAGGCUACACAUAUCAACAAGUCUCUUUCUGCUUUAGGAGAUGUCAUUGCUUCACUUGCCCAAAAGAACUCACAUGUUCCCUACAGGAAUAGUAAGCUUACACAGUUGCUUCAAGAUUCUCUUGGAGGCCAAGCAAAAACUUUGAUGUUCGUUCAUGUAAGUCCUGAGCUUAAUGCUGUUGGAGAAACACUUAGCACUCUGAAAUUUGCUGAACGAGUUUCUACAGUUGAGCUUGGUAGUGCACGGGCGAACAAAGAGGGUUCUGAUGUCAAGGAACUAAGAGAACAGAUUUCCAGUCUUAAGGCAGCCCUAGCAAGGAAGGAGGAAGAUCAAGGGCGUCGUCCACUUUCCAGAUCAAGUACUCCCGAAAGAGUCAGAGUAGGAUCUUCUGGAUCUUCUCUUUCUUCUAGUUGGCAUAGUAUGGAAGAUGUUAGUGGUAACAUAGAGGUUAAGAAGAAAUCUACGUCAAAAAUGAGAAGGCGAAGCUUAGAUCCCAAAGACUUCCAGACAAAUUCUCCUCUGUCUCCACCAGGCAAUAAUCCUGUAUCAAUGGAAGAGGACAGAGAAUCAGUUUCUGGUGAUUGGGUUGACAAAAUUAUGGUGAACAAGCAAGAUGGUCUGAGUAGAAGUAAUUCCUUAAGAGGAUGGGAAGAAGAAACCAGGAUUUCACCUGACCUGUUAUAUAGGAAAUGCCCACCUGAUAGUUCAAAGGUGUAUCCAGAACAACAUAUAAACAACGUUGCAGGAAACAUAAAGGAAGGCCAAGACUACGAAGCAAGUAGGACUCGGUCUGAAGCAGGUUCCAUAGAUGAUUUCGAUGACCUGGAAGCCGCAACAAGUGAGUCUUCUGAGCUUGAAUACGGUUGGCAACCGAAUCCUCAGAAGGUUAGUCAGACUCCUAAUGGACUGGGAUCCAAACUCAGAAAACCUAGUCCUAAGCAAGUGAAGAAGCCAGAAAUAAGGAGCUUGAUUCCUCCACCACCAACCAGGAGACUUUCUAAUGGGUUAAUCUCACCUUCUGCAAAGAUGGGAAGAGCGGCUGCCUUAGAAGGAAAGCGAAAAACAGCAAGUGGGAAGUGGUAAAUGUUCCUACUUAGCUGAGUUUGAUGCUUAAGCAAUCAAAGAUGUGUAUCUUUUUUUUCUUUUUUCUUUUUCUUUCUUUGUCAAUCUUUUGCUCUGCAUUCUUUAGAGUGAAAGAGAGCGGAGGGUAUGGCAAUAACUUCAGUUGCCAGCUUUUCCUCCAGUGGUGAUGAGUUUUCAGUUGUUUAUAUGGUUGUUGGCUUGUUCUUCA